AUGUGCGUCACUGGCCUGGGGUGGGGCUACUGCUGCCAGGGAAACCGGCUGGCAGUGUGCCGGCAGGCAGUCGGCUCUCAGUGCCCCACCCUGCACCGCCUGCCCGCUCCCGGCUCCCGUACUGGGGCCUGCAGCAGGGCCGCAGCCGGCCGGAGGCGGUGGCACCUGCUUCGUGCCCGGCCCACCGGGAGCCGGGCGGGACGCUGGAGCCCUGCUCCCCUCACAGGGACACCCGGGACGAGCGUGGUUCCGCGCCCCGCUUCGGGCUGUCCCCCGCAGCGAGCUGCGUCCCCGCCGCUGUUCCCGGCACGGAGCAAGCGAGCCCUGGGCGACUUCGCGGCUGCCGCCCGCAGAGAGCCGCUCGGCGGCGCCUGGCGCUGCUGCCCGCCCUCGGAAGCCGCGGGGCCGCACGGCGCGGCCCUGCCCGGCCUGGACGGAGCGACCAUAAUACAAGAUGCAGGUGAGGAAGUAGAAGACGGGGCAGUUUACCGUGUCACCCUGAAAACAGUGCAGGUUGAGGAGGAUGCCGACGCAGCAGCAAGAGAAUCUGGGAUAGAAGAGGAGCAGAGGACCAUGUCUUCAAAACAUGCUGUCAGCCAGCUGGAGGUGACCAAGAUCCGGGCAAUUAAAGCUGGCACGCUGGAGAAGCUUGUGGAAAACCUUUUGACAUCUUUUGGAGACCAUGAUUUUGCCUACACAGACAUCUUCCUCUCAACAUACAAGUCAUUUACAUCCACUAAGAGAGUCCUGGAGCUUCUCCUUGACCGAAAGGAGAACCUGGAGACCCCAACCUUCGAGGAGACAGAGAGCAAGAACUGCUCCGAGCACAAAGCUCUGCCUAGAACGGCUGUAGCAUCAGUGUUAAGUGCCUGGCUCAGUCAGUGCUCCGAGGACUUCCGAGAGCCUCCCAACUACCCUUCUCUCCUGAAGGUUCUGGACUACCUGAACAGGAACCUGCCUGGCUCUGACACAGAGAAGAAGGCCCAGAAACUCUUGGAAAAAUUCCAGAGUGAAGGAACAGAGAACAACUGUGAUGAAUUCCUUAAUACCAGCUGCCAUGUCCUGGAGGUCCAAUAUGAAGAACUAAAAUUUUCUUCUUUCCCUGAGGCCCUUGUAGCAGAACAGCUGACCUACAUGGACUCUAAAUUGUUCCAGAAAGUUGUUUCCCAGCAUUGUUUGGGGAGCAUUUGGUCACGAAGGGACAGGGAUGAAAACAAAGAGCUGGUGCUUAGCAUCAGAGCCACCAUCACUCAAUUCAACGCCAUUUGCAAUUGCGUUGUGAGUACCAUCGUGAAGAAUAAGGACCUAAAGACACAUCAGAGAGCCAGGAUCAUGGAGAGAUGGAUCCAUAUUGCCCAUGAGUGUCGUGUGCUGAAGAAUUUUUCUGCCCUGGGGGCCAUUGUUUCGGCACUGCAAUCCUGUGCUGUCUUUCGGCUCAAGAGUUCCUGGGCACGUGUUCCAAAAAAGGCAGUGCUGCUGUUGGAGGAGCUGGCCCAUACCUUUGCAGACCGUAACAAUUACUUGGCAGCUAAGGAGCUGGUGGCAAAGGGGACAGGGCAAGUCCUGGUACCUUACCUCGGUGCUUUCCUCACUGAUCUUGUCAUGCUCGACACAGCCCUUCGAGACUCUGUGGAGGGCGGGCUGCUGAACUUCGAGAAGAGGCGCAGGGUAAGUUGGCUGCUCUGUGAUUCCUUCUGGAGCCUUCUCUUGCCAAGGGUACCUGUCUUUGCAUCUGCAAACCCAUUCAUUGUAAUGCAAGUUUGCCAGGGAAAACUGCAUCUCUGAAGUGCCCUGAGGCCCUGCC